AUGCCUCUAGAAGCGACUUACGACAUCAAUGACUAUGAGGAUAAGGAUGAAGACGAAGAUGAAUACGAUGUUUUGUAUACAUUUACACCUAAUUCGGGGUUUGUUGCAAAAUUUCUUGAGGGAAAGCAGCGGAACUUCGUUGCUGCCAUGGAAAUGGUAGAAGAAGGUCAAAAUCAACCAAAAAAUCCUACAAAACGGAUAAAGUUUGAAGAAAUCAUGGAGGAGGGGGGAGAAGAUCGAAUCAGUGCAUUGUCAGAUUGCUUUCUUUUUGAAAUCUUGUCUGGUUUACCCACAACAAAAGACCCCAUUAGAACAGGGAGUCCUGUAUUGGAAACUUUGGUAUUAGAUCGUUGCUAUGGUUUUGGUUGGUUAACGCUUAAUAUUACUUCAAAAAGUGUAAAGAAGUUGGUGUUAUUUGGAUACCAUGAACCUGAAUACGAUUAUGAAGGUCUUGAAGAUAUUCUUGACAUCAAUGCUCCUGAUGUUUUAUCACUAACAAUCAAAGGUGAUCUGGUGUUGCUGAAUCUUUUCGAGUUCAACAAUUGGAUUCGUUAUGCUGUAAGCUGUCACGUUGAAGAGAUUAACUUAAGCUUAUGCAAUACGGGAAACGGAACUGAGUUUGUAUUCGAUCAAUUUUUCUUCAUCAACACAUGUUUUACAGAUCUGAAAUUAUCAGGCUGCAUAAUCAAUCUGAUUGGGGCAAUUAGUUGGAAAAAUCUUAGGAGUUUGCGUAUUUCACAUAGGAAGUUAGAUGAAGAGUUGAUUGAAAACAUAUUAUCUGGUAGUCCUCUAUUGGAGACUUUGGUAUUGGAAUAUUGCUAUGGUUACAGGGUGCUCAAUAUUACUUCACAGAUUGUUAAGAAGUUGGUGUUAUUUGGAUACGUGGAUCUUGAUGAUCACUACUAG